AUGUUGGCAUAUGGUGUACCGGCAGAUGCUACCGACGAGUACAUCAAAAUAGGAGAAUCUACUGCUUUGGAAAGUUUGAAACGAUUUUGCCAUGUUGUUGUCGAGGUCUUUGGAACCCACUAUCUUCGAUCACCUAAUGAUGAUGAUGUUGCAAGGUUACUACACAUUGGUGAAAGUCGAGGUUUUCCAGGAAUGUUGGGUAGUUUAGAUUGUAUGCAUUGGAAAUGGAAAAAUUGUCCUGCGGCUUGGGGAGGACAAUACGCUGGUUGUAGUGGAUCUCUGACUAUUAUUGUAGAAGUUGUAGCUGACUAUGAUCUUUGGAUAUGGCAUGCAUAUUUUGGUCUACCUGGAUCUAACAAUGAUAUUAAUGUGUUGGAGGCGUCCCAUCUUUCUGUUGAUCUUGCUGUGGGUAUUUCUCCACCCGCUAAUUAUGUCAUUAAAGGGAAAGAGUAUAAUAUGGGUUAUUAUUUAGCCGACGGUAUAUAUCUAAAAUGGUCUACUAUUGUUCAAACCAUUCGUGAGCCACUUGGCCCGAAGAAACAAUUAUUUUCUCGAAAACAAGAAGCAUGUGGAAAAGAUGUAGAACGUGCGUUUGGAGUAUUGCAAUCAAGAUUUUCCAUUGUGGCAGGAUCAUCGCGUCUAUGGAAUAAGAGGAUAUUACAUGAUAUAAUGACUUCAUGUAUUAUUAUGCAUAAUAUGAUAAUAGAAGAUGAACGCGACUUUAAUGCACCCAUUGAAGAACGGCUCGAAGUGCCAAAUCCAGAAGUUGAGAUGGUGGGUAAUGACGAUGCUCGAUUUCAAGAAUUUCUAGCUCGACAUAGAAAAAUCAAAGAUAAGGAUACUCACAUUGCACUUCGAAAUGCGUUAAUUGAACACUUGUGGGAUGAAUAUAGUAUCAGAAAAUUAGUUUAA